AUGGACAACAUUGGCGACGAAUAUAAUCAGUUUGUAGAACAUCUUAAGGACUGUACGAGCCAUGUGCACUUGCCUCCUCACCAUCUGAGGGAACAUGGACAUGUCAUUCCAGAGAUUCUCUCGUCCGAAGUACGACAUGCUGUCAUAUCGUUGAAAAGGAAGGAGUUUGCCAUAGAAGCCUUGGAUAACCAAGGCGUCCCUACUCAGUACAUAAAAGUACUUCGAGAGUUGUACAGUAACUUCACGAACGGAAUUUCUCCAUUCUACAAGAAUAUCAUCAUUGAUGUGAAGAGGGGAGUCCGACAGGUUGAUACAAUCUCACCCAAAACAUUCACAGCCACUCUCAAGAACGCAAUGCGAAAGUUGGAAUGGGACGACAGGGGAGUGAAGGUCGAUGGUCGGCAGCUACACCAUUUGCGCUUUGCUGAUGACAUCGUACUGAUAUCAUCUAGCAUCAGCCAAGCGGAACGAAUGCUGACCAAAUUCGACGAAACAUGUGGAUGCUUCAGUCUUCUGCUGAAGCUGGAAAAACUAUGUUCAUGCGAAAAGGAAUGGAUGGGAUGCCCUACUUACGCUCAACGGAACGAAGAUAUUCGAAUUUCGAAUGCAGCCGCUACGUUUAUCUGGGUCAUGGACAUGAAGAACGACCUGACCCUGAGCUGUGUAGGAGGAAACGAGCGGGUUGGGGAGCUUGUAAGGGCGUCGAGGACGUAG